UGACGGUUUUCAUCUCAGUCGUGAUUCUACCAGCAUCCGAAAAAGUAUCGCGAGCGUAGCCAACAUGCCCCAUAAUAGUUCGAAAAAUACCGCGAAAAUGUUUACGUCACGUGGAAAUUCAAUGGUCAACAUUACGGAUUUUUUUAUCACACAAAUUUCUACGUAUUUUUAAUUUUAAUUUUUUUUUCAAUUUUAAAUGUACGAGUAAUUAUUACGACGUGUUUUUUCCAUACAUCUAAUUUCGCGCCUUAUUUUUCAUCACAUUUUGAAAUUAUAUUAAGUUAUUUUACGAGGAAAUUAUCUGGUGAUUUUUUUUUUCGAAUAAAUUACCCGUUGAAUAAAAAAUUAUCUUUGUAAUGUCUUAAACAGGAUUCAGAAAUCGAGAUACUUGAAAACUACCUAGCUGUAUAGUUAGAUACCUGAAAUUAAAGACGUUUCGUUAAGAAUGCUGUACACGUUAAGACGAAUUCGUAUGCAGUAUCACGUUUCCAUCAGCGACGUAUCGAGUAUCCCUUUGCCUUUGGUCGAAAGAACAUUGCCAUUCCGGCGUUGAGGAUUAUAAUCAAACCGCGCUGUUUGUUGUACUCGUAAUCGCGAACGAGCGAAAUCUCGGCACUCGGGCCAUGUAUCCGACGUGGAAAAUGGAUGACUAUCGGCCGAACGUGCAUGCUGUAACUUUUAAACGAGAGUUAAACAAUGAAUAAUUAGUCGACGUUAAUCGCGAAUUACUCGUAGAUGGCGUACCAUAACGAUUCGAAAAUUAGUAAUUCGUUUUUCGAACCAUCUGUUACGAGCUACAUGGACGGCAUGCCGUUUCCCAUUGCCGAUACGACCAUCGCCGAAUAUACAUCGUUUAAUAACGCGACCGAGUUCAAUUUCACCUUAACGUCGACUUUAAAGCCACCGGAUCCGUUUUAUUUUUACAAGACUCCUCAAUUCAUCGUUUUAUGGGUCUUAUUUAUUUUAAUUGUGGUUGGAAACUCGUCCGUGUUGAUAGCUUUGCUUAAACAUAAGGGAAGGAAAUCCCGAAUGAAUUUUUUCAUUAUGCACUUGGCAUUUGCUGAUUUAUUAGUCGGAUUGGUGAACGUAUUAGUGGAUAUAAUGUGGAGAAUCACUAUCACAUGGCAUGCUGGAAAUUUUGGAUGCAAAUUAAUUCGAUAUUUGCAGGUCUUGGUUACCUUCUCUUCAACAUAUGUGUUGGUUGCUCUUAGUAUAGACAGAUACGACGCUAUCACAAGACCGAUGAAAUUUUCUGGCAGCUGUAAGAAUAAAUCCAUUCAUCAUCAUACUCUCCGUUAUAAUGCGAUAUCUCAUUCAUAUCUUUUCACAGGGCGAAGAGCGAAAUUCUUGGUAGGCAGUGCUUGGGGUCUCAGUGCUCUGUUCUCGAUACCCAUUCCAAUUUUAUACGAAGAAGCUGAAAUCGGAGGCAGAACACAAUGUUGGCUAGACUUCGCACAACAGUGGCAGUGGAAAGUGUACAUGACAUCGGUAGCUUGCGCCGUCUUCAUAAUACCAGCUUUAAUUAUUAUCAUCUGUUAUACGGUUAUCGUAUGUACUAUAUGGAGUAAGAGCAGCACCAUAGUUAUUAUAAAUCCUCAGCAACGUCGUAAAAGCACCCGAGGUUCCAUGAUCCAUCCACGACCACGUAAAUACCCAGAAGAUUACGAAUCACGACGAGCCAGUUCAAGAGGAUUGAUACCACGAGCCAAAGUCAAAACGAUCAAGAUGACUUUCGUCAUAGUAUUCGUAUUUAUAAUCUGCUGGAGUCCGUAUUUCAUUUUUGAUCUCCUUCAAGUCUACGGUUACAUACCUGAGACUCAGACGACUUACGCUUUGGCUACAUUUAUUCAGAGCCUAGCUCCAUUAAAUUCCGCAGCUAAUCCAGUAAUCUAUUGUUUAUUUUCAACGCGUACUUGUUCUACUUUAUGGAAAUUACCACCAUUCAAAUGGAUCGUAUCGUGGCUGUCAACUUGCUUUCCGGGGUUAGCUGAAGGAUCGAAAAGACGAUUCAAUCGAGGCUGUUUGAGAUACGGUGAAAAUAGUACCACUAUGACUGAGACCAUAACGCAAUCUUCGAAAAGAUCCAGGUUGACGUCUGGUACUUCGCUUAGGCAAAUAGUCAUGUUUAAGGUUAAUUCUGCCGAUAUGCACAAUAAGAAUUAUGGAAAGGCUGAAGUUACUGUGGUGUGAUUAUUAAUAAUCUUUGAUGACCUUUUUUUUUCUGUUUGUUUUCGCGGUAUUACUCGUUUGUUUCUUUUGAUGUAACGAUGUACAUUCCUUUUUAAUUUAUUCGAAGCUUUUUGUGAAAAUUCGUUUGGUUAUAUUUUCGUGGUUGAAUGUUUAAAGUAUUCUUUUUUUUUAAAAAUGUUCUCGUAUCGAUUAUAGUGAGAUGAAAAAGGGGGGGAGUAGUUUUAACUAGGGAACUUCUAGAGGAGUCUGCUUCUGAUUUGAAUGAGACUGUGAUUUUUGAAAAGAUCAUAGUCUGAAGGUGCUAUACCUAAAAUUUCAGCUGCUCAAAUUGAUUUUUUGAUUUUUGACGAAUUUUUGAAAAUUCAAAAUUGACUAUUUUUGGCAUUCUGAAGCCUCCAGCGCGAUUUUCGAUUUCUCCAGAAUUAUAAAACUGCUCCAGGAGGGAUGGAAAUUCAUUUUGGUUGCUAAAAAAUCUAGAUUGUUGCUUAUUCGUGAGCUAUUUAACAUGUUUAUUCGUAUUUAGCCCGAUUUCCAGGCGAAGGCUUCAAGCCAGUUUUUUUUCUAACCAGAAUAUUUUAAGGAAAAAGGUCAAAAAUUCAAAAAUUUUAUGAUCUGAGGAAAGUUUUUAAAAUUUACUCGAAUGGCUGUGCUUGAUUUAAAACUACCCCCACCCCCUUACCUCAUCCGAAUUUCACUAUUUCAAGGCUUUCUGAAGCCUCCAGCCUGAUUUUCGAUUUCUCCAGAAUUUGAAAAUCUCUCCAGAAGGCUUGGAAAUUAAUUUCGACAGCUAAAAAUUGAGAUUGCUGCUAAUUCGUGAGCUAUCUAACGAGAUUAUUUUGAAUUUGGCCCCAAUUUCCAGGCGGACAUCCCCAGUGCGUUUUUUACCAAAAUAUUUUUAAUUAUGAGUUCUGGUCAAUAAACACCCGCAACUGUUCACUUAAAAAUCGGUUCAAAUCAGGAAAAAACACUUCUAAUAGUUUUAAAAUAAGCCACAACUCAAUUUUUAGCUGUUCAAAUUAAUUUUCAUACAAUCUGGAGAAAUUUUGAAUUUCUGGAGGAAUCAAAAAUCAUGCUGGAGGCUUUAGAAUAACCGAAAACGAUGUAAUUCUGUUUGAAAGAGUUGAUGAUAUUAAUUUCAGAAUUAAUUUCCAGCAUUUUGACUGAAUCUAAUUUUUUAAAAGAAAAAAAAACAACACAACCUCCCAAAAAUAACCAAUUUUGAAUUUUCAAAAAUUUAUUUGGGUAGCUGCAACACUGGUUAUAGAGGUUUCAGACCAUGAUCUUUUCAAAAGUUGCUGUCUCAUUCAAAUUAGAGGUGGACACUUUGAAAGGUUCCCUUGUAAGAAGUGAACGAAUUUUAAUUUCACGUAAAUUUAUAUACAUGUACAUUUGGCAACAUUGCAUCGAGUUUUACAUUUUGAUCUAUGUAAGUAGAUAAGUAUUGUUGAAAUUUCCUAUGCUUGAUUCGUGCGGGGUAUCUUUUUCAGUCUGUUUCAAAGCCUUGGGCCAUUAACGUGAUUUACAUAGAACAACAUCGGCAAAAUUUCCUUCAUUUGUUUCCAUUCUUUGAAAAAAAAAACAAAAAAAAACAAGUUCGUUCCAUUUAAUAUUACGAGAAAAUAACUCCAUUCAUCGAAGUAUAAAAGGAGGGGGGGGGGUAAAUUAAAACACAAUAAAAAACGAAUAUUUUUCACAUCAACUACGUACCUACAUCUUUAUUUUAUAAUUUUUAUACCGCGAUCAUUUUAUUUGAACGACACACUAGUCCAAAAAAAAUGACAAUUAUGUGUUUGAAUUUCCAAUUAUUGUAAUAAGAUGUACUUGUAUUUUAAUGUAAUUAAUACUACCUAUACCUAUAUUCAUUAAUUCAACUUUCAUUUGUUUUGAUAUAUUUUAUUGAUGUUCAGAUUCGGUAGGUACGGUCAGUAUAAUGGCAGCAAUCACGUAAAGUUGCAAUUACCUAUUCCUUCCAAAUAAAAAACUUGAAAGAAAAAAUACAUCCUCGCUAAUCGACAGUAUAAUAAAGUUCCUCUCUAUAAAGCCUGUUGACUGUACCAAUCAUCGCUAUACACGAUAUAAUUUGAAUGUAUUUUUCUCAUAUUCAUUACAGACUAAUUUUUUCGCCAAAUUAUGUUUGUUUCGAAAUAUUUAUUUUUGUUACUUGAAAAAAAUAUUGUAAAAGUAAAAAAAAAAAAGAAAAAAUAUAUGUAAAUAAUUUGUGUUUUUGACGAAA